AUGCCAUCAAACAAUGAAGAACCACUCUUUCAUUCAACUCCUGAUCAUCACCCGCAUCAUCAUCAUGCUCAACAAAAAGCACCACCAACAGAAACUGAAGGGAGAGUGGUUCUAGUGACUGGUGCAACGGGACAUAUCGGAAGAGCGCUCUGUGAGAGACUUGUGCUCAACAAAAAAGGGUUCCCUUCUUCUCAUUCUAAUAACGAUCAUCAUGAUGACAUUCCCUAUUCCUUGAUUUAUGCUUUGGGAAGAAAUGAAAAAAUUGGUUCCGAAUUGGAGACCCAAGCAUUGUUAUCUUCAUCAUCCUCCUCAUCAUCCUCACAACCACCACCACCACGACUAAAAUUCAUUCCGUGUGAUCUCGUUCAACAACCUGAAAUUUUGCAAGAUUUAAUUCUAAACUCUGGCAUUGAUGUGAUUUAUCAUUGUGCUGCUCUGAGUACUGCUUGGGCUAAUCCCAAAGAUAUUUACAACACCAAUGUGGUGGGAACUCGCAAUUUACUUGAAGCUUGUAUUAAAUUAUACAGUGAUGAAAAGAAGAAAAAAUUGAAGAGAUUUAUUUAUUUGGGAACUCCUUCAAUUUACAUGUCGAAACAUCAUCGAAUGAAUAUCAGUGAAGAUGAUGAUGAAAAGAAUGUGAAAUUUGAAAAUAUUUUGAAUGAUUAUGCCAAAUCUAAAUAUAUUGCAGAGAAGGAAGUGUUGAAUGCGUUUAGACAAUUUGGAAUACCGGUUGUAGUAAUUCGACCAAGAGCAGUGAUAGGAAUUCAUGACACUGCUAUUCUACCAAGAAUUACUGAAAUUCUUCAACAGAGAAGAUUUGUAAAUUUAUGUGAAAAGAAUGAGAAAAUUUUUGUAGAUUUAACUUUUAUUGAUAAUGUCAUUGAAGCCUUAAUAUUGGCAGAGAGAAGUGACAAGUGCGUUGGGAAGGUUUAUAACAUUACAAAUGGAGAGCCAUUGGACUUGCUUGAAUUGUGUAAAUUUGUUGCAGAGAAGUAUUUAAAUAUUGAUAUGAAUUUUGACAAGAAAACCUCGCCGAACACCUUUUUGCCAAAGAAACUGAAUUUCAAAUUUGUCUACUUUUUAGGGUAUCUUUUUGAGUUUGUCUAUGGAUUUUUUGGAUGGUACGAGAAGGAUCCUCCACUCACAAGAUACACGGUCACAACGAUUGGCAGGACAAACACUUUUGACAUAACAAAUGCAAAAAGAGAUCUCAACUAUCAUCCAAAAGUUGGCAUUACGGAUGGUAUUAGGGCAGUCAUGGAAUAUCAUCACAGGAGCAGCAAACUUUAA